AUGAGCGAAGCUGGUCCAAAGCUCUACACCAACAAGCCAAAGAAAGCUCAGCUGAAGCAAGUCCAGGGACAGAAGAAAGUGACAAACUUGUCUCCACCAGCAGCAACCCCUGCAGCCCCGGCAUCAGCUGCUGCAGCGUCGUACAAGAUGGGCGGCGGUUCUCAGCCGCCGACGACCCCUCCUCCACCACCUCCGCCAUCCUCUCAGCCUCCAAGGGAGUCCUUUGCUAAGCGUUACAAGUUCAUGUGGCCCCUUCUUUUGGCUGUCAAUUUCUCUGUUGGAGCUUACCUGUUCAUGAGAACAAAGAAGAAAGACACAGAUGAAGUUGAAGAUACUGCAACCACCUUACCCUCAACUGUCGUGGCAGCACCUGUGGUGAUCCCUCGGGAACCCAUUCCUGAGAAUCAGCAACGUGAACUGUUCAAAUGGAUGCUGGAAGAGAAAAGGAAGAUCAAACCGAAAGAUUCGGAAGAGAAGAAGCGCCUCGAGGAAGAAAAGGCUGUUCUUAAACACUUCAUUCGAGUGAAAUCGAUCCCUAGCAUCUAG